AUGGAAAAUGUACUGAUGACAGGGUCUAAUUCGGCAGGUGAUAAUGGAAUAAGGACUCGGGUAGUAAAGAAGGCAGUUAUACCUAAGGAAAUUAAGGAAAAUGAUAUCUAUGUAACCAGAAAGAGGCCCCUGGUAGUAUACUUUAGAAGGGCAAUGGAUCUUCUUACAGUUACAGAGACUCAUAAUUUUAUUUAUGAAGAGAGGCUUGGCUGUAGACGUAACAAGAAAUUAUAUAAGUCUGGUAAGGACAAUCAAUAUGUCAUUAUACAUGGUAUGGGAGCCUGCAUAAUGACAGCAAUAUGGCUUGUUCAGGAUUUGAAAUCAAACUUAGGAGAUAAAAUCAAAAUUGAAGUAACAACAAAUACAAUUAAGGUAACUGAUGAGCACAUUAAUGAAGAAAAAGAAUGGGAAUCCUCUAAAAGUACAAGAAAUGUGAGUGGAAUAUCAAUUAAGGUUACUAUGAAAAAACAAGAAUAA